AUGGCCACGAUCCGAGCAGCUGCGGCGCCUGCCUGUGGAUCGGCGACGGGAGCUCUCUUCCGUCGCUCGCGCUCGGCUCUCGGGAAAGGUAGGGUGGUGCCCGACACUUUGCAGGCAGCGGCCUCGCUUUCUUUUCUCGCCACGCCCCUUCUCGCGACUCGCAGACUGCCCACCCUCUCCUCGCUCUCCUCUCUCGCGUCUCUCCCCGCGCUCGAGCUGGGUCAGUCUGGGGCGGCGUGCAAUCCAAGACACCGCCCGGGUGUACGUACACCACAACUGCAUGCAGAGAGCCAGGUGCCCGCCCGUCCCCUGUGGCAGCUGCAGGUUCUCGCCCACCUCUCGUCUUCGCCUCUGCGUGCUUCUGCGCCUCUUCGUCGCGGGUUUGUCUCCCCCGCUUCUCGUCUCUCCGCGUCUUCUCUCGAGCCUCGACACCCGGCGCGGCUAACCUCGGCUGCAGGCAGUUCAGGCAGGCGGGGUGCGUCCGUGCACGGUUCCUCUCAGACGCUCCAGAGACGCUUCAUCUCCUUCGACGCUCACUGCGUUCAAAUUCCGCACCCGUCCAAGAGAGAAAAAGGAGGCGAAGACGCCGCCUCGUGCUCUGACCGCUUCCUUGUUGUGGCCGACGGCGUGGGGGGUUGGGAAAGUUCAGGCAUCGACGCGGGUCUCUACGCCCGGGAGUUGGUCCAUCGCCUUCGUCUCAUUUUCGAUGAGUGCAUGCGCGAGUCGAAACAACAACGAGGAAGCCUAGCCUCUAGCCCGUCCUCGCCUUCGUCUGAAUCCUCGCCUCCGUCUCCUUUGUCUCCGACUCUGUCUCCUCAAGCAUCUUGUGCAGAAUCUCGUGCCCGGGACGGUUCGGGACAGUCUGAUCCCCAGGGCGAGAGAACGGCCGAAAGAGAGGCAACGGAGGCAGCUGAGAGCGAGGACGACGCAGAGCCGGAGAGCGCACCAGAUCCUGUCAAACUGUUGAAAGCUGCUUACCUGUCGACGCGAGCGAUCGGCUCCAGCACGUGCUGUCUCGUUCUCCUCGACUCGCUGCAGCGAAGAGUCCUGGCUGCGAAUCUCGGCGACUCGGGUUUCCUCCUCUAUCGACCCAGUGAGGACCGUGUAGUGGCGCGAUCUGCCUUUCAGUGUCACGACUUCAACUUCCCUCUCCAACUGGGAACAGGAAGUUCCGACAUGCCUGAGCAUGCGCAUGUGCUUGACGUUCCCGUUGUCGAAGGCGACAUUCUCUUCCUCGCCACAGACGGCGUCUGGGACAACCUGUACGAUAACCAGGUGCUCGACGUGUUGCGCAAACAACCUGACGUUAGAAAAGCGGCGGAGGAAAUCGCAGACCUCGCCUUCAAGCAUUCUCAGGACCCGCGCUGGGCGAGCCCAUUCUCCACGAAGGAGCGCGAAGUUCUCGGUUUGACGCGGAGACAUCUGGGAGGAAAACCUGACGACAUCUCGGUCGUCCUCGCCUCAGUCGUUGGGAAGCGAAGGCAAACUGCCUCGUCCCAAGAAAGACAGUAG